AUGCCUUACGACCUGGCCAAGGAAACAGGAACCUGGACGUCUGGCAAGUCCUCUGACAACUGGGGAGAAUGUCUGCAGAAACUGGGUGUCCCGGCAGACAUGAUAGAGCAGGUAAAGAAUGAAAAGUACGUUGUGGAGGUGACUGUGUCAGGAGACUCCGUCACCUACAAGAUGACUGAGUUUGGUGAGACGUCGGUCAACACGUUUACCCUGGGAGUGGAGGGAGACGAGAAGGACUCAAUGGGCACCCGCAAGGUGACCCACACCUUGGAAGGGGACCUCCUCGUGUCCAACUACCCUAACUUUGACGGGAAGGGCAUGAAAAUGCGGACUGUUCGCCGCUGGAUCGACGACAACACCAUCCAUGCUGAGUUUACGAUUGGCGACAACUUGUCAGGAUGGGUGGACAACGUCCGAGUGUAG